GGGGGGUCUGGACGAACUCCCGUCCUGCCUGCUGCUCUCUCCGGGAUCACCGUCCAGCAGCGCCGCGAGCUGCCGCCGUCCUCCCCCGGUCUCCUCUCUCUUCCCUGCUCCGGGCCGUGCGGUGGUCUCGCUUGGAGGGGUGAGGGGGGGCUGAUUCCUCCCCAGCCGGGGUCGGACUAUGGCGGACGACGACAUUCUGUUUGAAGAUGUGUACGAGCUCUGCGAGGUCAUCGGCAAGGGUCCCUUCAGCGUGGUCAGAAGAUGCAUCAACAGAGACACGGGGCAGCAGUUCGCUGUCAAGAUCGUGGACGUGGCCCAGUUCACCUCCAGUCCUGGACUCAGCACAGAAGACCUGAAGCGGGAGGCCAGCAUCUGCCACAUGCUGAAACACCCCCACAUCGUGGAGCUGCUGGAGACCUACAGCUCGGACGGGAUGCUCUACAUGGUCUUCGAAUUCAUGGACGGCGCGGACCUUUGCUUCGAGAUCGUGAAGCGAGCGGACGCCGGCUUCGUCUACAGUGAAGCCGUGGCCAGCCACUACAUGAGGCAGAUCCUGGAGGCGCUGCGCUACUGCCACGACAACAACGUCAUCCACCGAGACGUCAAGCCUCACUGCGUCCUGCUGGCCUCCAAAGAGAACUCCGCUCCCGUGAAGCUGGGCGGCUUCGGCGUGGCGAUCCAGCUCGGAGAGUCGGGCCUGGUGGCAGGAGGUCGGGUAGGAACGCCACACUUCAUGGCGCCGGAGGUGGUGAAGCGCGAGCCGUACGGCAAGCCGGUGGACGUGUGGGGCUGCGGAGUCAUCCUCUUCAUCCUCCUGUCGGGGUGUCUCCCCUUCUACGGCACCAAGGACCGCCUGUUUGAGGCCAUCUGCAAGGGCAAAUACAAGAUGAAUCCUCGUCAGUGGGGCCACAUCUCAGAGAGCGCCAAGGAUCUGGUGAGACGCAUGCUGAUGCUGGACCCUGCGGAGAGGAUCACCGUCUACGAGGCUCUGAACCACCCCUGGCUCAAGGAGAGGGACCGGUACGCCUACAAGAUCCACCUGCCGGAGACGGUGGAGCAGCUGAGGAAGUUCAACGCCCGCAGGAAGCUGAAGGGCGCCGUGCUCGCCGCAGUGUCCAGUCACAAGUUCAACUCGUUCUACGGAGACCCGCCCGAAGAGCUGCACGAGUUCUCCGACGACCCCACGUCGUCAGGACUGCUAGCAGCAGAACGCGCCGUCUCUCAGGUGUUGGACAGUUUGGAGGAGAUCCACGCGCUGACCGACUGCAGCGAGAAGGAUUUAGAUUUCCUCCACAGUGUUUUCCAGGACCAGCAUCUACACACACUCCUCGAUCUCUACGAUAAGAUCAACACCCGGUCCUCCCCGCAGAUCAGGAACCCUCCCAGCGAUGCCGUGCAGCGAGCCAAAGAGAGUUCCUUCAGAGGUGGAGCGGGUGGCGCUUUGAAACUCCUGGAAUAUGUCCUGGAAGAGAUCUCCUGCUACCCGGAGAACCACGAAGCCAAGGAGCUCCGCCGGAUUCUGACGCAGCCGCACUUCAUGGCCUUGCUGCAGGCCCACGACGUGGUGGCCCACGAAGUUUACAGCGACGAGGCCCUGCGGGUGACGCCGCCGCCCACCUCGCCGUACCUGAACGGAGACUCGCCGGAGAGCGCCAACGGCGAGAUGGACCUGGAGAACGUGACCCGGGUCCGGCUGGUCCAGUUCCAGAAGAACACGGACGAGCCCAUGGGCAUCACGCUCAAGAUGAACGACUCCAACCACUGCAUCGUGGCCCGGAUCAUGCACGGGGGGAUGAUCCACAGACAAGGAACGUUGCACGUCGGAGACGAGAUCAGGGAAAUCAACAGCAUCAGUGUGGCCAAUCAGACGGUGGAGCAGCUGCAGAAGAUGCUGAAAGAGAUGCGAGGCAGCAUCACCUUCAAAAUCGUGCCGAGUUACCGGUCGCAGGGCUCGUCGUGUGAGAAAGAGUCCCCCAACACGUCCAGGCAGUCCCCUGCCAACGGCCACUCCAGCAUUAACAGUUCUAUAUUGGACCUGCCGUCCACCAUCCAGCCCAAAGGGAGACAGACUGUAUCCAGACCUGCAAUCAAGGACAAAAUGUCAGUUAAGAUCUACGUGAGGGCGCAGUUCGAGUACGACCCCUCCAAGGACGAGCUCAUCCCCUGCAAAGAGGCCGGCAUCCGCUUCCGCGUGGGCGACAUCAUCCAGAUCAUCUCCAAGGACGACCACAACUGGUGGCAGGGCAAGCUGGAGAACACCAAGAACGGCACGGCGGGCCUCAUCCCGUCGCCCGAGCUGCAGGAGUGGCGGGUGGCGUGCAUCGCCAUGGAGAAGACCAAGCAGGAGCAGCAGGCCAGCUGCACCUGGUUCGGCAAGAAGAAGAAGCAGUACAAAGACAAGUACCUGGCCAAGCACAACGCAGUGUUCGACCAACUAGACCUGGUCACGUAUGAGGAGGUGGUGAAACUUCCGGCCUUCAAGAGGAAAACCUUGGUGUUGUUAGGGGCUCAUGGCGUGGGAAGAAGACACAUCAAGAACACCCUCAUUACCAAAAACCCAGACCGGUUCGCCUACCCGAUCCCACACACGACCAGACCCCCGAAGAAGGACGAGGAGAACGGCAAGAACUACUACUUCGUGUCUCACGACCAAAUGAUGCAGGACAUCAGCAACAACGAGUACCUGGAGUACGGCAGCCACGAGGACGCCAUGUACGGGACGCGGCUGGAGACCCUCCGGAAGAUCCACCAGCAGGGACUCGUGGCCAUCCUGGACAUCGAACCUCAGGCCCUGAAGGUCCUGCGGACGGCGGAGUUCGCCCCGUACGUCGUCUUCAUCGCCGCGCCGACGAUCACGCCGGGAAUCAGCGAGAUGCCCAAGUGGUGUCGAACGCUGCCAGACGAGUCUCUGCAGCGGCUGCAGAAAGAGUCGGAGAUCCUGCAGAAGACGUACGCCCACUACUUCGACCAGACGCUCAUCAACAACGAGAUCGACGAGACCAUCAGGCACCUGGAGGAGGCCAUCGACCUGGUGUGCACCACCAGCCAGUGGGUUCCCGUGUCCUGGGUCUACUGACCCGCCCCACCAGCCAAACCCCCGGAACCCCGGAACCCCCAGCGCCACAUCCAGAACACCAGGAAGUCACCACGAACUGAUGGAAGAACUUUUACACUGACCGAAGACACCCUCAGCGAACUGUGAACGCAACCACAGCAUUCAACCGAAAUCCUCCAAACCACUGGUUCCCAACCUCCAAACCUGGUUCCCAACCUCCAAACCUGGUUCUCAACCUCCAAACCUGGUUCUCAACCUGCAACCCUGGUCCCCAGUCUCCAAACCACUGGUUCUCAACCUUCAGCCCUGGCUCACAAAUUUCAAACCUGGUUCCCAACCUUCGACCUUGGUUCUAAACCUUCAGUCUUUGUUUUCAGCCUUCAGCCCUGGUUGCUAAAAUUGAACCUUGUUCCAGACCUUGAACCUUGAUCCAAAUGUGGAACCUUGGUUCUAAACCUUGAAGCUUGGUUGUAAACCUUGGAUUGGCUCUAUGGGUUCGAUCAUUUUCGUUAGUCUGAUGUUAUUGUGAUUAGAUUUGCACGAUUGCAGACAGAGGUAAGAGAACAGACGCGGAACCUUCCCCAUCAUGUGAAUGUGUGUGUUGGUGGAAGUGUGUUUACACACUCGGAGGAUCCUUUGAAGCCAUUUUGGGGCGUCUCCAUGAACCCUGCAGGUUGGGAACCACUGGUCCAAACUGUCAGAAGCCAAUUAUCAGACUCUUUGCAGACGACUUAGUCAUAGUAUUGUA